AUGACAAUCGACGAAGCAGAUGGCAACGGCAGGACGAUGCUAACUUGGGCAGCUCAAAAUGGCCACGUCGACAUUGUCCAGCUGCUCUUAGACAAGGGGGCGGACGUCAAUGCGCAGGGUCUCUGGCAUGGCAGCGGCCUACAUGGGCCCUCAUACAAGGGUGGCGAGUACGGCAACGCUCUAUAUGCCGCCUCAUGCGAAGGUCACGCAGAGAUUGUCCAGCUGCUCUUGAACAAGGGGGCGGACGUUAACGCGCAGGGCGGCAAGUACGGCAACGCUCUGCAGGCCGCCUCAAUCAGAGGCAACGUCGAGAUUGCCCAGCUGCUCUUAGACAAUAGGGCGAACGUUAAUGCGCAGGGCGGCGAGUACGGCAACGCUAUGCAGGCCGCCUCAUACGAAGGUCACGCAGAGAUUGUCCAGCUGCUCUUGAACAAGGGGGCGGACGCCAACGCGCAGGGCGGCAAGUACGGCAAUGCUCUGCAGGCCGCCUCAUACGAAGGCAAAGUCGAGAUUGUCCAGCUGCUCUUAGACAAGGGGGCGAACGUCAAUGCGCAGGGCGGCGAGUACGGCAACGCUAUGCAGGCCGCCUUAAUCAGAGGCAACGUCGAGAUUGCCCAGCUGCUCUUAGACAAGGGGGCAGACGCCAACGCGCAGGGCGGCAAGUACGGCAAUGCUCUAUAUGCCGCCUCAAUCAGAGGCAACGUCGAGAUUGUCCAGCUGCUCUUAGACAAGGGGGCGAACGUCAAUGCGCAGGGCGGCGAGUACGGCAACGCUAUGCAGGCCGCCUCAUACGAAGGCAAAGUCGAGAUUGUCCAGCUGCUCUUAGACAAUAGGGCGAACGUCAAUGCGCAGGGCGGCGAGUACGGCAACGCUAUGCAGGCCGCCUCAUACGAAGGUCACGCAGAGAUUGCCCAGCUGCUCUUAGACAAGGGGGCAGACGCCAACGCGCAGGGCGGCGAGUACGGCAACGCUCUAUAUGCCGCCUCAUACGAAGGUCACGCAGAGAUUGUCCAGCUGCUCUUGAACAAGGGGGCGGACGUUAACGCGCAGGGCGGCAAGUACGGCAAUGCUCUAUAUGCCGCCUCAAUCAGAGGCAACGUCGAGAUUGCCCAGCUGCUCUUAGACAAGGGGCAGACGUCAAUGCGUAGGGCGGCAAACGUCCAGCGUCUCGAUUCGUUGGGCCGCACACCGCUCUUCUUGGCCGCGAGGUACGGGCAUAUUGACAUGGUUCGCGUUUUACUCGCAGAUCCUAACAUUGACAAGACAGCAGAGGAUUGGUGCGGUUCGAUACCACUCUCUGCUGCGGUACGAAAUGGCCACGCUGGCAUCGCUGUCAUGCUGUUGUCGAAUGACAACAGCACGCUGAACGAUCAAGAUUCUUUUGGUCACAGUCUGAUAUGGUGGACGCGUCGUGGCGACCACGCCGACGUUCUUCUGGUUUUACUUCGUCACGCAGCGGAGAAAGACAUGUUUGUAGAUAGAGAUGAUCCUCCCAUGAUUGUGGAAUGGACCCUGUUUGAUACCCAGCAAGCAUGGUGUGAUGUCUAUACGCUCACCAUAUCUCGUGGAACGGGCCUUUCUUGUAAGACGUGUUGUGGCGGAGGAUUCUGCAUAUGCAAAGAUUGCGUCGCACUGGGGUUCCGGUGCUGCGAAUCGUCCCAUUCUUUGGUGGCUCGAUAG